AUGCGCGCCUUCCACCUAGCUGCGUUAUUGCCUGCCUUUCUGGCCGUUGAGGCAUCAGUCCUCGAAGCCCCCAUCCCGGGAUAUGAAGUUUACGUCCCAGAAUGGGAGGUCCAGGCUACCCCGGGUGGCCCAACCAUAGUUCUGAACGGCACGGUCGAAGAAGUCGUCGACAAGCUUCAUGAGAUCAACCCCGACUACGAGGAACUCCUCAACUCGACCAUUGAGCAGUCCGCAGCUUUGCAAAAGCGAACCGACUUUUCAGGCACUCAAGUGUUCUGCGGCAACUUUGGCGCCGCUGAACGUGACAGAUUCUUCGCCGGAAUUGGCUAUCUCCGGGGCGUCGGAGGACGGCCCUCUAAUGGCGCUGGUCCCGGAAACUGCGGCCGUGUCAGUUGCUCCUGGAGAGCUGCAAUCUGGUGGUGCAAUGACGUAAGCAUUGAGUCCAGCAACUCCAACAUGGUCUAA